AAAACCUUUUAUAUGUUGAAAUCUUCUCAAUGAAACUAAUUUGCAUCUAGUUGAAAUGUUUUAAACUAAAGAAACAGGCUUACUAAAAUUUUAGAGACGAUAAGUGUUCUGAAUUCAUUAAUACUUGGAGACUUUGUAAAAAAUUCAGAACCAGCGUAUAAAACAUGUAAAGGAUAUAAAAAUAUACUUUUUUACAGUAUAAAUGUUUCGAUAAAUCAACAUAAUCUUAAAAUAUUCGUGGAUUACACGCUUUAUUCAGAACUCGAAGAUGUCGAAGGCGAAUGGAUUAUCUAACAUCCUAUGUUACAGUAUCUAAAUAGUUCGUGAUUAUUGUAUAUAAGUUUUGUAAUCUGAGACUUAUGCAUAUCUUUUUCGACUGGUAAAGAUUAUCACUAGCAAGAAUUCCCACAUGUCUAGCUAUCUUUAAACACCUCCGUAAUCCACCUGUAUACCUUGGAAUACAUAUUCUGUCUUACAACCGGUUUCGUAUGUCACAACGUAUCAUAAAGCCACAAUAAUUCUUUUUCAUGUUCAAAUGAUAAAAGAAAAUACUCGGGACCACCCCUUCUCUUCGCUUUACUACUCUAAAUUGAAUAAUUGUUGUAGCACCUUUUUUGAUUUGACUCUUUAGUGCGGAAGGUGUCGAGAACACGAUCUGCAUCCUCCUUUCUCACGCUCUAUAACUAGGAAGCGGUUUACCUUUACAAAUGCCGAGCUGGGCCCACACAUAACUCUGUCGAAGAUUACUCUACGUAAAGAUAUAAGGCGUUUAAAAACAUCAUCCCGCGCUGAGAUAAAGUGUUUCGUGUUGUUUCUAAGUCGACCAGAGUCUAAAUCUUUGGACUUUAAUAAGCGUGAAGUUCAUUGAACAAAACUAGCAACUAGAAAAGUACAAUCGGUGUCGCUUUCGAUUUAAAGGCUGCACCGAUCGAGUGGCAUAUCCGCAUAAGGAACUAACACCAAACGCAUAUGCGUCCUGAGUUUUGCAACUGAAUGCAGAGUUGCAAAGAAUGGGGACACCAAGAACUUAUAGGUCGCAUGAUGGCAUUUUUACAGCAUUCCUCAAGUGUACUAAACGUGGGUUACUCAGAAGUCACCGUCCAUCAGAUAUGAGAAACGAAUCUGUCCCUUCCGAAUUCCAUCAUCUAAAUGGAGAUGCUACUACUAAAAAUCAUAAACAAGAUGGAAAAGAUGCUUCUCCUGGAAAUAUCGGAAAAAAAAUGGAAAAUGAAGUACAGUCAACGGAAGAUCGUUCGAAUGUUAUUAAAAGGUUGGAAGAAAGAGAAAGAGAAAUCAUGCGGUUAAAGGAAGAGUUGGGAAGGCAAGAAUUGGAGUUGAAUAAUCAAAAGGAUCAAUAUAGCGAUGCACUUAAAGAUUUGUCGCUGGCGACAAAAGCUAAAGUAAGUUUUUGUUCAUUUAUAUACAGCCAAACUUCGCCCUUCUAGAUAGAGCCAACCUAGUGAAUUAUCUAGAAUGAAUAUUCCUUUUAAAUAUUAAAUUGAAUACCCUUCAGUGUUAGUGAAUUACUAAAUAUAAGAUUUCUCAUCUCGAAUGACAUUGAUAUCAUCGAAUUGACUUUCAAACUCUCAAAUUCACAUAUAGAUCUCGUUACGCCCCACACUCGCUUUAGUGCUAAUUUUAGAGGCGGCGCUAAAUCGAAGUUUGGCUGAAGUUUAAUUUAUUUAAUCUAUGAAGUUAGAUAAACAAUUAGGAAUAUUCAAAGGUAUGAGAA